CGCGCAUGAUUUUUCAAUAUAGCACGUAAUAUACCCUGCUGAUAGUAUACUAACAGUGAUAUGAAAAAACAAAUUGAUAAGACGCAGAAAUAGCAUGGUAUGUUUGUGAUGUGUUGUAUAAUUACCGGCACGGAAUCCCCCUGUCCUUGCAUGAAAUGACCUGAAUCUGUUCCGUUAUAAUUAGUCUCAUCGUCCAUCAAAAAAUUUAGCAUGGCCGACGAACACAGUAGCGACGAUUCGGACGACAAUCAAGAGGAAUUGGCAGGUGUGUUGAGUAAAUGGACUAAUUAUAUACACGGAUGGCAAGAUCGUUACAUCGUUUUAAGAGGUGGAACAUUGUCAUAUUAUAAAAGUGAACAAGAAAGCGGUUAUGGAUGUCGAGGGGCACUAUCACUUGCCAAAGCUGUUAUAAAACCACAUGAAUUCGAUGAGUGCAGAUUUGAUGUUUCAGUCAAUGACUGUGUUUGGUACCUUCGAGCUGAUUCUGUGGAAGCCAAGCAGAUCUGGGUUGACGCUCUAGAAUCGUACAAGUUGGAGUCUGGCUAUGGUACAGGCUCGGAAAACAGUUUAAAACGGCAUGGAUCAACUGUUAGCCUACAAUCCAACACAUACAGCACAGCGUCCGGAAGUAGUUUCAAGCGAUCGUCUCGCAAUUUACGGGAAAAACUUGCCGAAUUGGAUACUUUUAAGGACAUUCUGUGCCGACAAAUUGAAACAUUACAGACAUAUUUUGAUUAUUGUGUGGAUAAUGAAGCUCACAAUGGGCCAAACAAAGAAAAAUUGCCAGUUAUUGAUUUUAAAGGUGAAGCGAUAACAUUUAAGACUACUACAGCAGCAGUUUUGGAUACUUUAGAACAUUGCGCUGAAUUGGUAACCCAAAGAGAAGAAUCAUGGCGUAACCGAUUAGAUAAAGAAAUUGAAAGAAGAAAACGAAGUGAAAAUCUGGCGAAGAGUUACUUCGCGCAACUACAAAAAUCACGAAACAUUCAUCCUGGUCCAGAUUUGGAGGAAGGUCCUCAUAGCGUAUUGGCAGAUGACGAAUUUUAUGAUGCCGUCGAAUCCGGCUUAGAUAAAAUGGAGGAAGAGCAGGAAUUGCGGGAUCGAUUAAAGAGCGGUCAAGUUAUUCCCGUUGCGUCAUCUCCAACAUCCCCAGCGUCAUCACAUUGUUUAUGGCCACAGGUAAAAAUUGAAAAAAUUGUGAAACAAGAAGUUGCGAUGGCCAAAUUAGGCGUAGGGGAGUGCGGGACUGGAUGGCAGUUGUUCGCGGAAGACGGUGAAAUGAGAAUGUAUAGAAGAGAAGAAGAAAUUGAUGGGAUGGUUGUUGAUCCAUUAAAGGCUGUGCACGUCGUUAAAGGUAUUACAGGUCAUGAAUUAUGCCACUAUUUUUUUAGUCCACAGUAUCGAUAUGAUUGGGAAACUACUUUAGAACACAUGACAGUUCUUGAAACUAUUUCUGAAGAUACUCUCAUAUUUCAUCAAACUCACAAAAGGAUAUGGCCCGCAAGUCAAAGAGAUACUGUAUUUUGGUCACAUAUGCGACGUUUGGCGGAUGACCAGGAUAGGGAUGGGCCGGAUUUAUGGACCGUCGUCAAUAAUUCCACCGAGCAUGUAGAUCAUCCUGCAAAUGCUGGUAAAUGUGUACGGAUAUUUCUUACGGUAUGUCUUUUAUGUCAAACUCGAGUUGAUCCACCGAAAGAUGGGGCACCCGUCACCAGGGAAGAUCUCACUUGUAGGAUAACGUACUGUUCUGUGGUAAAUCCGGGGGGCUGGGCUCCCGCAUCGGUAUUACGAGCGGUUUACAAACGAGAAUAUCCAAAAUUCUUAAAAAGGUUUACUGCUUAUGUUAAAAACCAAACAAAAGAUAAGCCUAUAAUGUACUAAACAUAAGAUUUUUUACGGUUUACCUUGUUAAUUUUAUUUAUAUUUCUUGUAUAUUAAAUGUUACAUUCUGUUUUA